AUGAGAACAAGACAAAGUAAGAACCAAAACAAAUCUUGUUCUACUGUCGACCUGAGGCAGCUCGACGAGAAUGUGAAUUUCACUGCUUCUGACCCUGGCCACUCCAACGAUGUUAGUCACCGGAGCCCAGUUCAGGAGACAACUCGUUCCCAUCGAAUAAGAUGGACUCAGGAAGACCUUCAAGAAUUGAUGUGGUGCUAUUUUUACUCUCAAAAAUUUGGUUCAGGAUCGGAAAGUGACACCUUUAAAAUCUGGAGAGGGAGAAACCCAAACAGCAGGAAGGACAUGACAUCGAAGAAGUUGGCUGCCCAAAGAAGAUAUAUAAUAAAAACAAAAAAAAUUGAAAAUGAUAAAUUGGAAGAAAUUAAGAAAAAUGUAGACUCUUCGUGCAGUAAUGUUAUACGAGAUAAUGCACAAAUAAUAACAGAAUUAAAUGAGUCUAACCACAAGAGUAAAACCGAUACUGACGAGCAAUUGUUGACUGAUGCAGAAAUGAAGAGCAUCGAAGAGAGACUAAUUGAAGAGAUAAAAAAAGUAAAGAUGUGCCCAUUAAUAAACAGGGAGCCAUUAAGGAAAAUUUACAAAAAUAAAAAGGCAACUGAAGUUUUACAUCUUAUAGAUAACACCCUCAUAAAUGUAUUAGAAAAAAUGGUAGACAUUAAUUUAACCACAAUUAAUGAAAUUAUAUAUGCUGCGGGGGUAGUUGCCACAGAUAUUAUACUUGGGCCAAGAAAAGAAGCUCGUCAUAAAGGAAUGGAAACAAAAAAGUCAACAUCACCAAUAUGGAUACAAAGAAUAGAGGGAAAAAUAGAAAGAAUAAGAUUACAUAUCUCCCUGGUAUCCGAAAUGAAGAAGAAUAAUAAUUUAAAGAAGAGGACAAUAAAGAAACUGGAUCACCUUAAAAGGAUCUAUAAAUUGAAGACCAUGGAAGAUAUAGAACUUACCAUGGAAACUUUAAAACAAAAGGUAUUGCUCUAUUCUCAGAGAAUAAGAAGAUAUAAGAAGAGAGAGCAGUUUUGGCGACAAAAUAAAUUGUUUGAAUCGGACCCAAAGAAAUUUUACAGAACAAUUAGAGAGCAGAACAUACAAAAUGGAUUCAGCACCUUAAAUGUAGAAAAAAUGGCAGACUUUUGGUCAAAUAUUUGGGAAAAAUCUCAUCCAUUAAAUAAGAACUCUACAUGGAUGAAUAAAGAAAAAGAAGCACAUGCCUGGAUUGCUUCUUCAACAAUGUCGGAUGUAAGAAUGGCGGAUUUAGAAACAUGCCUAAAAAACACGGCCAAUUGGAAAAGUCCCGGAUUAGAUAGGGUACAAAACUUCUGGAUUAAGAAUUUUACAAGUACCCAUAAGUAUUUACUGGUAUCCAUAAAUAAAUUAAUAAUGGGACGGCAAGAAAUGCCAGAAUGGAUAACCACAGGUAAAACGUAUUUGCUGCCAAAAAAAUCAGGAGCUACGGAACCGAAAGAUUUUCGGCCGAUAACCUGUUUGCCCACAAUGUAUAAAAUAAUAACAGCUAUUAUUGCUGAAAAGAUUUAUGGGCAUUUAAGAAAAAAUAACAUUUUUCCUCCUGAACAAUAUGGAUGCAGAAAAGGGUCUUACGGCUGCAAGGAGGUUUUAUUAAUAAAUAAAUUGAUCAUGGCCAGUGCAAAACAAAAGAGGAAGAAUUUAAGCAUGGCAUGGAUUGAUUAUCAAAAGGCCUUUGAUAGUGUGCCUCACGAAUGGAUUAUUGAGGCAUUGAAAAUAUAUAAAGUAGACCCUAAUAUUACAGCGUUCUGCGAGAAGAGUAUGAAAAAUUGGUGCACCCAGCUGGAAGUGCAAAAAUACUCUUCUAGAAAAAUAUUUAUAAAAAGAGGAAUUUUUCAGGGAGAUUCAUUGUCGCCACUUUUAUUUUGCAUGUCUUUAAUUCCUCUAUCCAGACAACUUAAUAUCAAGGAUCAAGGAUAUGAGUUGGUACCGGGAGGCAGGAAAAUUACCCAUAUGCUAUAUAUGGAUGACUUAAAAAUUUAUGCCAAAAAUGAAGAGGAGUUAAAUAAAAUGUUACGGACGGUUCAAACCUUUUCCUCUGACAUCAACAUGAAAUUUGGGUUAGAGAAAUGUGCCAGAAUAAAUAUUGUCAGAGGAAAGUUAAAACAAAAGCAAAAUAUAGAAGACUCCGAAGAAGAACUUAUUAAAGAAUUGGACCCUGGAUCAUCAUACAAAUAUCUGGGGAUUGAAGAAAAUUUUGGGAUAGCCAACAAGGAAAUUAAACCUCGAUUGAAAAGAGAAUAUUUUAAAAGAUUGAGGCUUAUAUUACAGUCGGAACUGAAUGGAAGAAAUAAGAUAACCGCCGUCGGCACAUUAGCAGUUCCUGUAAUAGAAUAUAGUUUUGGCCUCGUAGACUGGACGAAAGAAGAAAUCACGCACCUAGAUAGAAGGACAAGAAAAAUAUUAACCAUGAAUGGUGCGUUACAUCCAAAAGCUGAUGUGGAUAGAUUGUACGUCAGCAGAAAGAUGGAGGAGAGGAUUAAGACAAAUAGAAGCGGCACACCAGAAUGCCAUUAUUGGAAUGGGAAAAUACAUAGAAUCCCAUCAAGAGGACCCUAUUUUAGCCCAAGUUAUACAUGCAGAAGAAAAAACUACAAAAAAAGGAGUUCUGAAAAGGGCAAAACAAAUCGUCCAAGAAAAUAA